AUGGCGGAUCCCUUGUCGGUAAUUGGAACAGCGGGAGCGAUUGCAAAUAUUAUCGAUGUCCUCACCAAAACGAUCACAACGGUGUCUGAUAUGCGACAAGCCUGGAAAGUCGCCGACCUCACCGUGUUCGCAUUCGAAAACCAGCUCAAUCUCCUCAAAUUUGCACUAUGUGAAAUUCAGAAGUGGACUGAGUCCAGAUCUAACGAACAAUCGCAUCAAUUGGUGAUGCAGGUGGACAGUUGCGUAACGUGCUCUCGGCUCCUCAUUGGCAAGAUCGAUGGCGAAGUGUCGCAGUUUCAGAAAACAACAGCUGGAAAUCUAGAGUUUGGUUCCAAGCUUUCACUUCUGUUCAAGACGAAAGAUAUGGAGCAAAUUCAGCGGAUGGUUGAUCAACAAACACAUACGUUAACACUUCUGUUAAGUGCUUGCAACUCAAAUGCCUUGGAAGAGGAAACGAAAAUCCUGCAGCAACCGAAACUCGUACGAGCUCUCCAGGACAUGGACCGAGACACUGCCUCUCUCAUUGUUCAUCGAGACUCAGACUCCAUAAUCACUGCUACAUCCAUAAGUUCUUCGAGAUGGUCGGUUCAGUUCGCGUUUGAUCGGGAGCUUUUCAUCACCAAAGUUUACGACAAAUGGAUUCGGAAGCUCGCAACGACGCGAAGGACCAAUAGUCACUUCCCAGAAGAUACAACCCAGCAAGAUCAUCAACAGAUCUCAAACAACGAGAUGGCCUUGAAGGAUCCACCUACCGGUAACGAACAAAAUAUCCUCACACCCGAAGAAACUGCUACAUCCGAACAACCGUCUCGAUCAAUACCGUACUUAGGAGAACAGAUCACGUCUUUGAGACGUACCGCCAUGAGUAUGGAGAUGCAGCCUCUAAGACGCAACCGAAGCACGAGCGACUUAAAGCUUCAAGCUAAGGAGUCCCAACGUAUUGACCAGACCUUAAAAGAUGACUUCAAAUUGGCCCAGAGAGAGGUCAAAGUAGUCAUCCUUGGUUCAAAGUCGAGGAAGCGAGUCUUUGAAGAGAUGAGGUUGUCAGACGGCCACCCGCAAUGUUACACAGCUGAGCAACUACGUAUAUUCCGUCCCAUAAUCCUUGGAACAGUUUUAGAAAGUGUUCAGUAUUUAGCAAAGAAGCUAUUGGUCGACGAAGCCAUCAGAGAAGAUCCCAUACGGGCGAGCUUGGAGGACAUGUUGAUCGGCGACAAAGAAGACUUGGAUCUCGACUGUGGCUUUGAACCGUGGGUUGUUGAAAUAAUCCGCACGAUAAUGGGACAUCCGGCAACCAAGGUGUUAAUGGCGGACGACACCCUCGUGUUUCCCGAAAAUGGCGACUACUUUUUCAAACAAAUCGAAAAGAUUCUGCGAGAUGACUAUUUUCCCACUAACUCAGAUGCUAUAAAUUGUACAACACCACUACCUGGUUGCGUGGAGGCUGCGUUCAACAUGGGCCAGCUCACUAUGCGACUUACAGACCCUGGCAACGCAACAGCUAAUCGGACAAAACUGUUUCCUCAGCUCGAGACGACAACAGCCGUCAUAUUUGUUUUCGAUCUAAGCAGCUCCUGUGGCGAAGCCUUGCUUCAGUAUGAAUCAACCGUCAAUUCACACUGGCUGAGAAAUUCAAGUAUCAUUGUCAUUUUCAACAAUUUCAAGGGACUCGCGAAGAGGCUCGCAGAAGCACCACUAAGGGAUGAAUUUCCAGAUUACGUGGGAGGAGAUGAUGCUACAAAUGCGUCGAAUUACCUCUUCUCUAGGAUCAAGCACUUGAACCGGGCUGAUCUCCGACAGUAUGUCCAUUUCAUAGAUGGUAUGUAUGAUGAGAGGAAUUUGUGGAUGAUAUGGAGAAACAUUCAGGAUGUUAUUAUCAGUCGUGCACUGAAAUCUUUCUUGCCUCGAUAA